AAAUCGCGUAUCUCGCCAUGUCAUUCGUUCACCCUCAAUACCCUUGCAAGUUCGUGAUGGAGGUGUCAAGAGCAGAAUGGCAUUCUACUACUCGCCGCACAUUCCCAUCUACGUCUCCAUAACUUCUAUGCAGCAUCUCUAUUAUGGACGUAGUGUGUGUAGACGGUAGCCAACAAAUCCUCUCGCUAGAUCAGUAUCUCUACUAGUUAAGGAAAGCCGACUCUUAUCCGCAACACUUAGAAGCCCGCGUGAGCAGUAACUACGUAGCACGUCAUCCAUCCCACCUAUUCUCACAUACCUUUCUACACAUUGUCGCCCAAUGAAUUGUCUCCGGUGUUAAAUACUGUACCCCCAAGGGGUACGGCCCAGCCGAUAUGUCUUCUUCUAAAUACUCGGCAAUCUCGAAAACCGACUCGGCUGAACCGGUCGUUUCUACUUCGUCUAGCGGUUCGUUCGUCGACGAUGAUGAUUUUUUGAGUUUUGAGUUAUUAGACCUGAAUGCCGUAGAGUCCGCACUUCCUACACUCCCUCGGCUCUCAACCAAAAUGUCUUAUCAACCGCUCUCUUCAGAUGACCCGGAAGACCAUAAGUCUUACGGAUCCUUAGAUGCAACACCUUGCCAAAGCCCCACGGCUUUACUAGGCGAGACGAUUCGAAUUGAGGACCCUGUGGUAGAGAUAGAAAACCCCUUUUUAGAUACGGAAACUACAGAGUAUUGGCGACAAGUCUACGAGAAUUGCCAAUAUGAAUGCAGACACGUCUUCAAUCCAAAACUGACCUGGUCAGUCAGAGAAGAAAGAGAAUUAAUCCGAAAGCUUGAUUGGAAAGUCUGCUUAUGGGCGUGCAUAAUGUUCUUCGGCUUACAAGUAGAUCGCGGUAAUCUUUCACAAGCAGUCUCCGACAACAUGCUAGAUGACUUAGGUCUAGAUACUAAUGACUACAACUACGGGCAUUCUAUCUUCUUGGUAUCUUUCUUGCUCGCCGAACUUCCUUCGCAGCUCGUAUCAAAAGCCGUAGGCCCAGACCGCUGGAUUCCCAUGCAGAUGGUUCUAUGGUCAUUCGUCGCCAUCUCACAAUGUGCUCUAACUGGACGUGGUUCUUUUUUACUGACCAGAAGCUUACUCGGAUUCCUUGAGGGAGGAUUCAUACCCGACCUAGUGUUGUGGCUAUCGUAUUUCUACACAUCACGUGAACUGCCAAUAAGACUCAGCUACUUCUGGACGUCGUUAUCAAUCACGGGAAUUGUUACCUCUUUGCUAGCCUUUGGGCUGCUACAUCUCAGGGGCUUGCUAGGUUGGGAAGGUUGGCGAUGGCUAUUUUUACUUGAAGGAUGUAUCACUUUAUGUAUAGGAAUAGCAUCGUUCUUCAUGAUGCCCGCAUCCGCAGUGCAGACCAAGACGUGGUUCCGCCCGAAGGGUUGGUUCACGGAUCGAGAAGAGGCGAUUGUCGUGAACCGAGUGCUUCGCGAUGACCCUUCUAAAGGGGACAUGCAUAAUCGACAGGCAUUAACGCCCAGGAGGUUAUGGGAAGCCUUAAAAGACUACGACUUAUGGCCCCUAUACGCCAUUGGCUUCUGCGCUUACGUGCCGCAAUCGCCCCCGAAAACCUAUCUCACCCUUACACUUCGGUCGCUCGGAUUCAGCACGUUCAAUACCAACCUCCUGACAAUUCCGGCGGACAUAAUACAUAUUUUCAACCUUAUUUUAGUCACCAGGCUGUCUGAAUGGUUAAACGAACGAUCGUUGGUGGCUAUUUUGCAACCUCUUUGGACCCUGCCCUGCAUUUUUGCUUUAAGAUUCUGGGGAGGGCUGAUUGAAGAUAAAUGGGGUACAUACGCAAUUAUGAUGGUUCUGCUCUCCUAUCCAUAUUGCCAUGCAAUAUUGGUAGGCUGGUGUUCCAAGAAUUCUAAUAAUGUCGGCACGCGUACGGUUUCGGCAGCCCUAUAUAACAUGAGCGUCCAAGCCGGCAACGUGUACGCUUCUUAUAUUUAUCGCGAGGACGACAAGCCUCGAUACCGUCGUGGGAAUUCGACGUUACUUAUGAUCAAUCUAGUUUCCAUUCUUGCUUUCUUGCUGACGAAGCUUUAUUAUGUCUGGCGAAACAAGCAAAAAGAACGCGUAUGGAACGCUUUAAGUGAAGAACAGCAAGUUGCAUACAGGAAGACAACCAAGUUACAGGGUUCUAGAAGGCUUGAUUUUAGAUUCGCUCACUGACGAGAAGAAGACUCAUUCGAGAGUCCACACUACCCUUAUCUAGUAGAGGCGCAUGUAAACAGCAUUCAAAGACCGAGAUAGACACAUUAGGUACCUAGGUACACUUAAGCAUUAUACCCCCUAAUCUAAAAGUCAUCAUACUCAA